AAGUUUGAGUGGAGGCCGUCAAAUAAAACCAAAAAUAUUUUGACACGGAAAUUGUGCAGUGCCAGAGUUUUUUUAUAAUCUCAUUUUUUCCCUGAAAUUGAAACAUUUUUGCAUAAAUGCUGUGUGCGAAACCAAAUUUGAGUGUCCUUGAAUGAUUAGAUUUAGUUGAAAUUGCCAAAAUCUCCUGUGAAUGCCUGUUUUCAGUGAUAGUUAACUUUGGAGCUCUAACUGCACAGAAAACAUUGAUCCCUCCCCAUAAAAUGGACCAAACAGCCACAUGCUCAAAGAAUUCCCGGAAACGCCGCCCCGACGAUGAUGCCCACUCUUAUGAGCCACAAGCUAAAGUGUUCCAAGCCGAACAUAUCUUCAAUAUCAGCCAUUUCAGUGACGAAAUUCUUCUGGAGAUUCUCAUGCACCUGGACAGCGAAUCAAUUUACAAUUUCGGAUGCACCUGCACGAGAUUCAAGGAGCUGACAAAGGACAAGCAACUGUGGCAAGUGUUUGACUUUGAUUCCAUCCCACUGUCUGGAAUAGAAAUCCUCAGGAGAAUGAGGUAUAUCAACAGUGAUACAAGAAUCUUCCGGAUCCGUGGCCUUCAAGGCACUUAUCCGGACAACAACUGGAGAAAUGCCACAAUCACUGAGCUCAUGCUGACAAUGCUGACGGAUAUGUGCCCGAAGCUGGAGGAGUUUUCUCUGACGCAAGGAUUUUUAAAUACUUCCAAGAUCAAUGUACUGAAGUUUCCGAAGACCCUCAAAACGAUCAUCUUCCGCAGCUGCUCUGUGUCCUUUGCCCCUCGGCAGCAUCCUUUCUUUAGUAAAAUCGAUCUGCACCUGGAGCAGCUCCAUCGGCUGGCUGUGGAGUUCUGUGACUGGUUCGAGACGCACGAUCUGAUCCUCUUUUCCAAAAUUCCUCAACUGCAUGAUCUGAGUCUCAGAGGUUGUGCUUCCUUGAAAGAUUGCGUGCCGUACGGGAGUCUCGCGUCGAGAUUUGGCUUCAAGAAAUUGGAGCGAUUGGACGUCCGGGAGACUCCCAUUUCGGACAGUGACAUUCAGUGCUUCAAUGUUACCACGACCCUCAGGGAGUUGCUCCUGGAACGGCCCAGCAGGCAAACUCUGCGGGAAUCGACACGAGCGCCUCCAAUGGCCCUGGCUGAAGAUGACAAUGCUGAGAGUGGAAGCAGCAGCAGUCGGCAGGGAAUGGCUCUGGUCGCAGACAUCAUGAUGCCCAAGCAUCGGAGUUUUUCCACCAUUUCUGGCGGCAUUGAAGUCAGGGGAGAAAUGCCGGCGCAGAAUCGAAUGCAGCCAAUUCAUCACAAUUACGGUCCUAUUAUAAUUCUUCCAGGAUAUCCAGGUUACAAUGAUCAGCCACCACAAAAUGUGUCCAAUGUAGGAACAAACUCCAUUCCCGUUGCUUCCAUUACUGAUCGGGGAAUUUGUGGAUUUGGCCUCUCGCGGAAUCCUGUUUUGGAGGGAGUUGUUUGGAUUCGGGCAGAAUACCGAAAUCCAAACACUUACAUUGAGCGCCUGGUUAUUAGAUUCUACACAUACGUAACUAAUGCAACGCUUAGGCACUUGGCUACAUGCUCGCCGAGGCUGAAGUAUCUGGAUGUAACUGGAACUGGGAUUACGCCUCAGGGCAUUGAAGAGUUUAAGCUACUGAAGCCAGAAUGCACUGUGGUGGCCGAAUAUCUGCCUUCGCAAUUUCUCAAGUGAAGGAAUUUAAAAAAAAAAGUGGAAAUUAAUUGCGAGAGUGUGAAAUUCCAUUGAUCUUGGAUGCAUAAUUAGAGUUUGUGUUGUUCAAUUUUUGCGUUAAAAGUGUUAAACUUUUUUUCUUCGCUCUACCAAGUCACAAAAGAAAUGCUUAGAGCUUAUGUGAUCAAAUUAACUAAAAUGGGCAAUUUUGGCUGAGAGAUAAGAACAAGGACGAAAAUUAUUUAAAGGAUUUAUGUAAUUUUUCAAUCUAUGUGACUCAUGCGACUCUAUUCAUCUUCAUAAUAAUUGUAAGUAAGGAUUGUUUUCAUUUAUUAAUCAAGCACAUUAGUAAUUUUUUGUAGUGAAGAUCGUUAGAAAAAUUAGGAUGAACAUUUGAAUCAAUUAUUUUUCAAAAUUAAUAAUUCCUAUGUAGAUUUACGGAACUUUAGAAAUAAAAAAUUUACGAUAAAAAAAUAACUGCAAUGUCAGAUUUCUUUUUGAAACAGUUUGAUAUAAAAUAAUCGCGUCUUAGCAUUUGAAAGAAGAAGAAAGUAUUGAAAAGCUUUUCUUUUGUAAAAAAAAAUGUAAAAAUUUUCAAAAAGAAAAUUGAAAAGCAAAGAAUAAUAAAUCAGAUUUAUUUUGAAGCACA